UCAGGAUGGAUGUGUUAGCGGGACUUUUAGAUCUUUUGCGACGCGGUGAGAGAGAAGGCUCACAGGUAGGUAAAAACAGAAUACUUCCACUUAGCUUCACAGGAGGGCCAAGAGAUAUGCGCCGCCGGUAUAUGGAUGCUAUUGCAUUAGUGCAACGUUUUGGAAUACCCGAUAUAUUUCUAACUAUAACAUGUAACCCUUCGUGUCCUGAAAUUCAAGUAAACUUGUUGUCGACAGAUGAGGCUCAGAAUAGACCCGAUUUAGUUAGCCGAAUAUUUCGAGCAAAACUAGAAGAGUUUAAAAAGGAUAUACUAAAAAGACAAAUAUUUGGUAAAGUUGCAGCAUUUAUGUACACGGUCAAAUUUCAAAAACGGGGACUUCCACAUGCUCAUUUUCUUAUUAUACUCGAUGAAAAAUACAAACUACUGACCCCUGAGGCAUAUGAUAAAUUUGUUUGCGCUGAAUUACCGGAUCCUAAAAGAAAUUCUGAUUUAUUUAAGCUUGUUACACAACACAUGCUACAUGGUCCUUGCGGUCAAUUAAAUCCAACAAGCCCCUGUAUGAAGAAAAAAAAUGGUCAUUGUAAAUUUAAAUUUCCAAAAGAGUUUGCUAAACAGACAACUAAAGGAAAAAGUUCAUACCCUAUUUAUAGAAGACGAAAUACAGGAAAAUCUGUGGAAAUUAGAGGACAACUUUUUGAUAAUUCAUGGGUUGUUUCUUACAAUCCAUUCUUACUUAGUAAAUUUAAUUGUCAUAUAAAUGUGGAGAUUUGCUCUGAUAUUAAAGUUGUUAAGUACAUUUACAAGUAUAUUUGCAAAGGACAUGAUAAAAUUGCAUUUCAUAUACAUCCUAAUGAGACGAAUAUAGAAGUAGAUGAAAUAAAGGAAUAUCAAUCUGCUAGGUGGGUGUCACCACCUGAGGCUGUGUGGCGCAUAUUUGCUUUUCCUAUCAGUGAAAUGAUUCCAAAUGUAUACCAUCUUCAACUGCAUCUUGAUGGACAACAAAUUGUUUCCUUCAAAAAUACAGACAAUAUUAGUAGAAUUGUAAAUAAUCCUAUGAUUAAAAAAACAAUGUUAACUGAAUUUUUUAGAAUGAAUAGCGAAAACGAAAAUGCUAUAACUUUGAAUUUAUUAUAUCGGGAAUUUCCAGAAUAUUUUGUAUGGUCCACAACAUACAAGAUGUGGUCGCGUCGCCAACAAGGAUAUGCUAUUGGUAGAGUUGUGACAUGUCAUCCAACCGAAGGAGAAAGAUACUAUCUUAGAUUGCUCUUAAUGAACGUAAGAGGACCAAAAUCGUAUAAAAAUUUGCGAACUGUAAACGGAAUAACUUGUGGCACGUUUAGAGAAGCUGCGGAAAAAAGAGGAUUAUUACUUUGCGAUAAUAAUUUAAUAGAAUGCAUGUCAGAAGCAGUAAGUUACCAAAUGCCACACAGUUUGAGACACUUAUUUGCUGUACUAUUAGUAUAUUGCAAUUCCGCUAAUCCAAGAGAGUUGUGGAAAAAAUUUGAAAUCCCGAUGUCUGAAGAUUUCAAUAAAUACCCAAACAUGCAUACACGAGAAAUUCGUCACAAAGUAUUAAAUCAUAUAAAUGAUAUUCUUCAUUCAAUGGGUCGUUAUAUCAACGAAUUUGAACUAACUCAGGGCAAAAUUCAACCAUCUGCAACAGCCAAAGAAGCUAAAGAUGUACAUUUUGAAAGGAAUAUUAUCGUUACUGAACAAGAUUUACUAUUGCCAUAUAAACUAAACAUUGAACAAAAAAGAGCUUACAAUGUAAUCCUUGAUAGAAUAUUCUCAAAUAAACUCGGAGCAUUCUUCAUUGAUGGUCCGUGUGGAACUGGAAAAAGCUUUUUAUAUCGUGCCUUAUUAGCUACAGUACGACAUAGAGGAUUUAGAGCAUUAGCGACUGCGAGUUCAGGUGUUGCUGCUUCACAUCUUCCCGGAGGCCGAACUGCUCAUUUCUGAUUUAAAAUACCUAUUGAUGUUGAUGGAAAUUUUAGUUGCAAUAUUAGCAAACAAAGUUCAUUGGCAUCGUUGAUUCGAGAUGCAAAACUAAUAGUAUGGGACGAAAUUUCAAUGGCAAAAAAGGAAAUGGUUGAAGCACUAGAUUUGCUCCUUAGAGAUUUAAUGGAAACAACUAUGUUGUUCGGCGGAAAGGUUGUUGUAUUCAGCGGCGAUUUUAGACAAACUCUUCCCGUUGUCCGUGGUGGACAAAGGGAAGAUUUUGUUCGUGAAAGCUUAUUAUGUUCUGAAAUUUGGCAUCAACUUGAAAAAUUACAACUGUCCGAAAAUAUGCGUGCGAAAACAGACCCAGCUUUUUGUGAAUAUUUGAUGAGAAUUGGUAAUGGAAAAGAAAACAAAAAUGAUAAGAACAAAAUAGAAAUUCCAUGUCCUCUGAUCAUACCUUUCACCACUGAAAAAGAUUCCUUGAAUCAUCUAUUUAAAGUUACUUAUCCUGAUUUAUAUUUAACUCGUUCAAAUAUUUCUUUUUUUACUUCUCGUGCAAUUCUAACUACAAAGAACGAUUUUGUUGAUGAAAUAAAUGAUAUGCUAAUUGCUCAAUUUCCAGCUGAUGAAAAAGUCUAUUUAGCUACCGAUGAAACAAUUGAUCCAAAAGAUCAAAGUGAAUAUGACGACUUUUUGCACGCUUUAAAUCCUCCUGGUUUACCUCCUUAUAAAUUGUGUCUAAAAAAAAAUUGUCCAAUUAUAUUAUUAAGGAAUUUGAAUCCCUGCGACGGUUUGUGCAAUGGGACACGAUUAAUAUGUAAUGACUUCAAAUCUCAUGUUAUUAGUGCUACAAUAUCCAGUGGUGAUUUUAAAAAUACACAUGUAUUCAUUCCGUGAAUACCACUAUUAACAUCAGAAGAUGAAAAACUACCCCUUCAAUUUAAAAGAACACAAUUUCCGAUACGGUUAUGUUUCGCCAUGACUAUAAAUAAAGCUCAAGGCCAAACAUUAGAUUUUGUUGGCAUUUAUUUGCGAGAACCUGUAUUUUCUCAUGGUCAAUUGUACGUUGCCUUAUCAAGAGCUAAAGGUUCUAACUGUGUUAAGAUAUUAAUUAGACCGAUUAUAGCUGACGAUGAUGAUGAUCACUCCACAUAUAAUGUAGUUUAUGAUGAAAUUAUUGAAAAAGCUUUUGCCAUAACUUAGACCAUCAUUCCUAAUAGUAAGUGUGAUGUACAACUUAUUUACUUUUUGGAUUCUUUGAUUUUGUAUUAUAAUCAUUCUAACAAUCUUACGUUUGCUCAUUAUUAUAAUCGUGAUGCGUUAUGAUUAUCGAUUAUGUCUAGAUGGCAGAAAGAUUCAACAUCAAUGCGAUUACUCCAGAAACGGAAGAAUGGACCUGCAAGAUACAAGUAGUUGAUAAAGGCAGACCUAGAGACAACAGAGAGAAAACGCAAAAAUAUCAGCUGAUGGUUUUGCAAGAUGAAGAGAAAAAUAAAGUGGAAUGCGUUAUAUUCAAUGCGGAGAUAAUGCAUUUUGCAGAUCUGUUUCGCCCUUUCCAAACUUACUUGGUGUCAGUUGCACAAGUCAAAGAAUCAAACUAUAUGUACGGAAAUCCACUUAACAAAUUUACAUGGACAAUUGAUAGGUGUACCAUUGUUGAGCCAAUAGAAAUUGUUAAUCCUCCAGAAAAGCCACUAGCUCCGCCAACGCGCCUUAAUCUUACACCAUUUGGCAACUUUGAAUAUCAACCCGAAGGAUCUGAAUUCGAUGUGCUUGCCAUCGUGCUCAACGCAAGCCCCUCAACCUAUGCUUCAAAUGGGCGGAGAAUUCAAGAUUUUAUCAUCAUGGAUGAUCA